GUCCCGUGUGUCAGGCAGCGCAGGGCUGAAGUGAGAGAUCAGUUAGAGCUAAACGCUUCACUAGUGUGUGUGUGUGUGUGUGUGUGUGUGAAGCAGUUACUCAGCCUGUUUACCUCAGCGGGUGUAUGCAGGUGAGGUGGGCGUGGCGUACGGCUCUGACAUCACUGCGCUCCUCUCAUUCCCUCAGACGACUCACCCUCGGACACAUUCACUCCUGCAGACGUCUCGACACCAUGGAGACGGAGGGCGUGUCCCCUGACGCCGCAGAUGGGUGUGGCCUGAGACCCGGCGAGACGGUGGUGAAGGAGGGAAAAGCAGCAGUCCUGUUCCCUGGCACUAACGAGGUUUUCUACAACCCAGUGCAGGAGUUUAACAGAGAUCUCACGUGUGCAGUUAUGACGGAGUUUACGCGAGAGACACUGGCCCAGAGAGGAGUGCGCAUCAUCGUCCCCGGAGAGAAGGACAGAGUGGUUGUGUCCCUGACGAAGGACGAGAAGAAUGGAAAGGAGACGGAGCAGGAGGAGGACAGAAAGGAGGCGGAGUUUAAGACCGCGGCGGUCGGGGAGCGCUGUGAGGAGGGGCUGUGUGUGCUGGAGGGAUUGGCGGCUUCGGGCCUGCGCUCAAUGCGAUUCGCUCUCGAGGUGCCGGGACUAAAGCGUGUGACAGCCAAUGACUUCUCAGCUAAAGCUGCUGACCUCAUCACACGCAACACACACCACAACAACCUCACACACCUGGUGGAGACGCAGAACAGAGACGCCAGCAUGCUCAUGUACGAGGCCAGAGGGAAGAACGCCCGCUAUGAUGUCAUUGAUCUGGAUCCGUAUGGAAGCCCCGCCCAUUUCCUGGACGCUGCAGUUCAGGCUGUUGGUGAAGGAGGUCUCCUGUGUAUCACCUGUACAGACAUGGCGGUGAUGGCGGGAAACAGCGGCGAGACGUGUUACAGCAAAUACGGCUCCGUCUCCAUCAAGUCCAAGUCCUGCCACGAGAUGGCCCUGAGGAUUAUCCUUCACAGUCUGGAUCAGCGUGCUAACGUGUACCAGCGCUACAUCCAGCCCUUACUGAGCGUCAGUGUCGACUUCUACAUCCGCGUGUUCGUCAGGGUCAGAACAGGUCAGGCUACUGUCAAGAACUCGGCCAGUAAGCAAGCGUUGGUGUAUAACUGUGUUGGCUGUGGAGCGUUUCACCUGCAGAGAAUGGGCAAGAAAACAAGCCAGGGGAAAAAUAUGAAGUACUCGGCUGCUACAGGCCCCCCUGUGGGAGAAUCGUGUCCACACUGCGGUCAGAGACAUCAGCUUGGCGGUCCGAUCUGGGCCGAUCCCAUCCACGAUGUGGAGUUUGUUCAGAAAGUUCUGGCUGCGGUUUCUGGGAACCCGUCUCGCUUCGGCACGUCCAAACGCAUCGAGGGAGUUCUCAGUAUGGUCACUGAGGAGCUGCAGGAUGUUCCUCUCUACUACGUUCUGGAUCAGCUGAGCAGCACUAUCCACUGUAACACACCCUCCAUGCUGCAGUUCAGGUCAGCAGUGUUACAUGCAGGUCACAGAGUGUCUCUGUCUCACGCCUGUAAGAACGCAGUGAAGACAGACGCUCCUGCUGCAGUCCUGUGGGACAUCAUGCGCUGCUGGGAAAAGAAAAACCCAGUGAGGAGAGAGAGAUUAUCAGAGACGAGUCCAGCGUUCCGUAUUCUCUCCACAGAACCUACUGUUCAGGCGUGUUUUGACGUGAGAGACGAUGCAAAUCCUCAGUCACGUAAACGUCACCUCACACGCUUCCAGGAGAACCCGCAGGCUAACUGGGGUCCUAAAGCUCGCGCCAAGUCUGGUGGCAGUAUAUCUUCUGACCUGGAGGAUAAGAGGAAGAAGUUUCAGGGGAAAAGGAAGAACCAGAUCACGGAUUCCUCUCAGCUUAAAAACUUUCCCUGCAAGAAGUUCCGCAAGGGAACCUGCACCUACGGGGACAAGUGCUGCUUCUCCCAUGAUGCCGAGCAGCAGCAGCCCGAGGCAGAAGAGCAGACGGCGGCGUGAGGAGGAGGAAGAGGAGGAAGAUGAAGGAUGACCGAGCUUUAUGUUCACAGAGGUGUGUGUGUGAUGGAGCACAGCCCUUAACACUCAUCCUGAGGUGGUCACAUGGUCAUGAAGGGCCCAGCUGAUUGGUCAGUGACUGAGAGGAGCUCUGGGUCCUAAAGGAAGUCAUUUUUUUUUUGUUGCUGCUUUUAUAAAAUUAUUUUUUAUGAGUUGAUGUUUAAAGCGGAGAGAGUAAACCUUCAUGCUGUUGCGUUACGCUUCAGCUCCAGGUGCGAGAUUGUGUUGUAUUUUUGUGCAAAUAAACUCUGAGCGAACAAUAACACACCUCUGUUCAUUUAGUCUAAACACGUGAAUAAUGAGACACAGAGACGAGGUCAUCUGAUACUUAACUUCUGUCUUAAAUCAAACACGUACACACUGUUCUAGAGGAGUGUGAGUGUAUAUACAGUAAUGCAGAU